GAACAGUCAUUCAGUCUCUAGCGCUCGUCUUGUCUGGUCCUUCAUUGCAAGUACCUGACUUCGCGGCUACUUCAGUCUUCUUUAAAAAAGUCUCUUAGAUUCCAUUAACUCAUCAACAUGCGCGAAAUUGUUCACCUCCAAGCCGGUCAGUGCGGUAACCAGAUCGGUUCUAAGUUCUGGGAGAUCAUUUCCGACGAACAUGGAGUAGAUCCAGAGGGCAAAUACAUCGGUGACAGCAACCUUCAACUUGAGAGGAUCAAUGUUUACUACAAUGAGGCCUCGAGUUCAGGUGGAAAGUAUGUUCCCCGUGCUGUUCUGGUUGACUUGGAGCCCGGCACCAUGGACUCUGUUCGCUCUGGACCAUAUGGAAGGAUCUUCCGACCUGACAAUUUUGUAUUCGGUCAAAGUGGAGCUGGCAACAACUGGGCCAAGGGUCACUACACCGAAGGUGCUGAAUUGGUUGAUUCUGUACUUGAUGUUGUCCGUAAAGAAGCUGAAAACUGUGACUGUCUCCAGGGAUUCCAACUUGCUCAUUCCUUGGGAGGUGGUACUGGAUCCGGAAUGGGAACCCUGCUCAUUUCCAAGAUUCGAGAGGAAUACCCAGAUCGUAUCAUGAACACAUUCUCAGUUGUUCCUUCCCCAAAAGUAUCCGAAGUUGUGGUGGAGCCGUACAACGCCACACUGUCUGUACAUCAGCUCGUUGAAAAUACGGACUCUACGUUCUGCAUCGAUAAUGAGGCUCUUUACGAUAUUUGUUUCCGAACACUAAAGUUGGAAAAUCCGACUUACAGUGACUUAAACAAUCUCGUGUCUGUUACCAUGUCAGGAGUCACCACCUGCCUCCGUUUCCCAGGUCAGUUGAACGCUGAUUUGCGUAAGUUGGCCGUGAACAUGGUGCCCUUCCCUCGUCUCCAUUUCUUCAUGCCUGGUUUCGCGCCCCUCACUGCCCGUGGAUCUCAGCAGUACCGCGCUCUUUCCGUCCCAGAACUCACCCAACAGAUGUUCGAUGCCAAGAACAUGAUGGCCGCCUGCGAUCCCCGCCACGGUCGUUACUUGACCGUCGCCGCCAUCUUCCGUGGACGCAUGUCCAUGAAGGAGGUUGAUGAACAGAUGUUGAAUGUUCAGAACAAGAACUCUUCGUACUUCGUUGAAUGGAUUCCUAACAACGUUAAGACUGCAGUUUGUGACAUUCCACCCAGGGGACUCAAGAUGGCUGCCACUUUCAUCGGCAACUCAACUGCCAUCCAAGAGAUCUUCAAGCGUAUCUCCGAGCAGUUUACUGCUAUGUUCAGGCGCAAGGCUUUCCUCCAUUGGUACACUGGUGAGGGCAUGGACGAGAUGGAAUUCACUGAGGCCGAAUCCAACAUGAACGAUCUUGUCUCUGAAUACCAACAAUACCAGGAGGCUACCGUCGAUGAUGGUGAAUUUGUUGAGGACGACAACCCAGAGGAAGAGACCGCCUAAGGGAAGCGAGUUUUCCGAUGCGCGAAAGAAAAACCCGGAGCUGAAUAUUGAGGGGAUUGCCAGAGUAGACGCAGGAAUUUGGAGAGAAUGUUAUUAGUUGCACCAAUUGAAACCAGUUGCUGUAUUCUUUAUGAAACAGUUGAAUGCUAAAAUUUUAAAAAUUAAUUGGCAAAAUUUCUUAACAGACUAAUGUUAUGAAAAUUUUAUUAGUAAUCUUUUGGAGUCUUGUUGAAGCAUUCCGGUGCCAAAUAAUUCGACAACAUUGCUUGCUUCUUUUGGGUUUUUAACCGCCACCCUUAUGCUCUCCAUUUUCUGCGUCGGAAUUUUGGAAUUUCUGCGAGUUGCAUCCUUAUGAACAAUAUGAAUAAAAUUUUGGAAACCCAA